CCCUUCCUCCUCGACAUCGCAUCCGUUUAUUCCAUGGCUACGAGCGACGACACUUCAGGCCCGGCCGAGUGGGUGCAGCUCGGCGGCUGGCCGCACCUGCUGCCGCCGCCGUCACCGUUGGCCCCGCCAUCCGGAUGCGUGUCGGACUCGAUCGUGGUGUCAACCACGUCGAGCGCCACGGUCGACGGUCCGGCCAAGGGUGCGGCGGCCCAACAACCCGGCGUCGAGGGCCGGGUGAGCAAGCCAGUCCGGAGGCGGUCGAGGGCUUCCCGGAGGACUCCGACGACCAUGCUCAACACCAACACCGCCAACUUCCGCAGCAUGGUCCAACAAUUCACCGGCAUCCCAUCGGGGCCGUACUCGUCCGCGUGUCGACCCGGCGGCGGUCCGAUCUCCAACUUCGGUUAUAAUUUCAAUGAGCCAAUUCAUCAGACGACCUCGAUGACUCUUGGGCAGCUCCGGCAGCAGCAACAACAACAACAACAACAACAGUACCUGCAGUUGCAGAACCACCAGUCGCAGCAGCAUCAGCAGCAGCAAAACUAUCAGUCUUCUAUGUAUACUGCAAGUGGCGGCAAUAAUACCAGCAAUGAUGUUUUUCCUCGAGGGUUCAACAACCUUGGCACUAACUUGGAGGUGGGUGAUGGCUUUUUCUUGAAUGGCAUGUACAGCCAGAUGAUGGCAAGGCCAACCUCCACUAACGCCAGGGGUGAUGGAUACUUCUCUUGAUACAAGGAAAGUGAUCAGGGAUAAGAUUAAUAAUUCUGAGAGGGAGGGGGGGGGGAGGGGAGAGAGAGAGAGAGACUGUAAAUAUUAUUUCUACCUAUCGUCAUACAUGAUGUUAUGAGCAGUCAUAUGGAAUCUUUCUAGAAUGUGGUUUAUCUAUGAGAUUAAGACCUUGAUGACCUACAAUUUGGUCUCCAAGUGGGCAAACUUGUUUUUCUUUUCGCUCGCUAAAGAUGCAUGCUUGAAUGGCUUGAGUGCAGGAGACGUAAAGGUAAGAUCGGUUGGUGGUUGGAACCCCACAGAUGGCAACCCGACGCAAGGUCAAACCCACAGGUCUCCAUGUUUCACCGAAGCACACUUGUCGAUGAUGUCUUUAUGUUGCGUGUGAGUGAAGUGCAAACGAACGGUGGAUGCACGCUUUGGGCCCCUCCUCUCUCUCUCUCUCUCUCUCUCUCUCUCUUUCUCUGUGCACGAGUAUGCUUCCGGGGUUGAAUCUGCGAUGUGGAAGACCCAUUUUUUCAAACACAUGUUCUGCUUCAAGGGACGGAAGCAAAUUAAAAGUGCAAGGUUUAUGA